AUGGCCAGGACUUCUGCAGUUUCAGUUCUGGUGGUUCUGUUGUUAUCGGCAGCUUCAUGUUUUGCAGCAAGAACUAAGCUUUCUAUAGGCAGCAGUGAGGGUACGAAAUCUGUGGCUCAUUGGGUUGAUGAUGGUGGAAUUUGUCGAUCGAUGGUCGAAUCGCAAGGCUAUGCAUGUGAAGAACAUCAGGUGACAACAGAAGAUGGUUACAUACUUGGGAUUCAGAGAAUGCAAGAUGGUGCAACAUGGAUGCUUAAUUCCCCUGCUGAAUCUCUGCCAUUCUUGUUGGUCGACGAUGGUUACGAUGUUUGGAUUGCUAACACUCGUGGGACGAUACACAGCCAAGGACACACAUCAUUGAGCCCUAAUGAUGGAGCUUACUGGGAAUGGUCAUGGGAAGAGUUAGCAGAUUAUGACCUUCCUGCUGUGUUCCAAUAUGUUAAUGAUCAUACGGGACAACAGAAACAUCACUACAUCGGACAUUCCUUGGGGACUUUGACAGCAUUGGCUGCAUUUGCAGAAGGGGACUUGUUGAACAUGACAAGAUCAGCUGCUUUGCUUUGUCCCAUUGCUCAUCUUAAUCACAUCACUUCGCCUUCGAAAAUCGCUGCUGAUAUGUACUUGCCCGAGGACAUAUAUAAUCUUGGAUACAGGGAAUUUCUGAAAGGAGGACUGGCUUUUACCAAGUUCCUAGAUGCUGUCUGCAAUAAACCUGGAAUCAACUGCACUGACUUGGUAGCUGCUAUGACAGGUCCUAGUUGCUGCGUGAAUGCAUCGAGGGUCGACCCAUUCCUCGACAAUCAGCCUCAACCAACAUCAGUGAAGAACAUAGUCCAUCUCUCCCAAAGAAACAUAACAAAGUAUGACUAUGGGAAUGAAGCAGACAACAUGGACCACUAUCACCAGCCAACUCCCCCUGCCUACAUCAUGUCCAAGAUUCAACCUUCUUUCCCUCUCUUCCUUGCAUAUGGAGGCAAAGACAUGCUUGCCGAUGUAGAUGACAUGGCAAUCCUCAUAGACAACCUGAAAGAUCACGAUGACAGCAAGUUGGUUCUCCAUUUCGUGGACUCCUAUGCUCAUGUAGAUUUCGUCUUUGGCGUGAAUGCUCAUAGUGUUGUGUAUGGUCCAAUCAUGGACUUCUUCAAGCUCCAUUGA